GGCUGCAAGGCGAGAAGGGAAGCUAUUCCGAGACUUAGAGUGUUAGCUGUCCUUUGGGGAAGAGGUGCUGUUGGCAGGACCUUUCUCUACACCAUCCCCGUCCUUAGGGGGGACAGGAAAGGUGCCACUCGUGGGAGCCCAUACGAAAGGACACCAUGCCACAGAAUGUCAUUCUCCCAGGCCCUGCGCCCUGGGGAUUCAGACUCUCAGGAGGGAUAGAUUUUAAUCAACCUUUAAUCAUCACCAGGAUUACUCCAGGAAGCAAGGCUGCAGCUGCCAACCUGUGUCCUGGAGAUUUCAUUCUGGCCAUAGAUGGCUUUGGAACAGAGAAUAUGACUCAUGCUGAUGCCCAGGACAGAAUUAAGGCAGCAGGUCAUCAGCUGUGUCUCAAAAUUGACAGGGCAGAAACUCGCUUAUGGUCUCCACAAGUUUCAGAAGAUGGGAAAGCACAUCCUUUCAAAAUCAACUUAGAAUCUGAACCCCAGGACGUGAACUACUUCGAACACAAGCACAAUAUUCGGCCCAAACCUUUCAUACUCCCAGGCCGAAGCAGUGGAUGCAGCACUCCCUCCGGCAUGGAUUGCGGCAGCGGACGUAGCACCCCUUCGUCUGUCAGUACCGUUAGCACUAUUUGUCCGGGUGACUUGAAAGUUGCCACCAAGAUGGCCCCUAACAUUCCUUUGGAGAUGGAACUUCCCGGUGUGAAGAUUGUUCAUGCUCAGUUUAAUACACCCAUGCAGUUGUACUCAGAUGACAAUAUUAUGGAAACUCUGCAGGGUCAGGUCUCUACGGCCCUGGGGGAAACACCCCCAAUGAGUGAAUCAACGGCCUCUGUACCUCCCCAGUCAGAUGUAUACAGGAUGCUUCAUGACAAUCGAGAGGGAACUACUCAGCCUCGCCAAUCAGGCUCUUUUAGGAUACUCCAGGAUUUAGUGGAUGAGCCUGAUGACCGUCCUGCUGGGACAAGGAGUGUAAGAGCCCCUGUCACAAAAGCCCAUGCCGGCGUCGGGAGUGCACAAAAGAUGCCACUGUGUGACAAGUGUGGAAGUGGCAUUGUUGGGGCUGUCGUGAAGGCACGUGAUAAGUAUAGGCAUCCAGAGUGCUUCGUGUGUGCUGACUGUAACCUUAACCUCAAACAGAAAGGUUACUUCUUUGUGGAAGGACAACUGUACUGUGAAACCCAUGCAAGAGCCCGCACAAGCCCACCAGAAGGAUAUGAUGCAAUUACUAUUUAUCCAAAAGCUUAACUGUUUCAUAUGGAUGCUUAGGCA